AUGAGCUCUACCAAGUUUCCACACCUGUUCGAGCCUCUAGAGGUCGGUGACCUUAGGCUAAAGAACCGUAUUAUAAUGGCUCCCCUGACUCGCAGCCGAGACAUCGUCCCUCGAGAGAACCUACAUGUCCCCUACUACGCGGAGCGAGCCGGCGUAGGGCUAAUUGGUCCCGAGUGGACAUACAUGCCCGGCAUCUACACACAGGAGCAGGCCGAAGGCUGGAAGAAGGUGACAGAUGCCGUCCACGCACGAGGCGGCCUUAUAUUCUGCCAGCUGCAUCACGUGGGCAGGGUGGCGCACCCAGGCACGCGGGUGCAGCGCGAGCUGGGGCUGCCGGUGCCAGGCCCCUCAGCCAUCGCAGCUCGCGGGGGUAAAUUCCGUAACGUCCCUGGGGCGCCGGGAUAUGUCGUCCCCACGCCCAUUGAGGAUCCUGAGACCAUAAUAUCUCACUAUGACAAUGCCUCGCGCCUGGCCAAAGAGGCGGGCUUCGAUGGGGUGGAACUCCACAACGGAAAUGGCUACCUCCCGCAUACGUUCCUCGAGGCUCACAGCAACCACCGCACAGACAAAUGGGGCGGCUCGGUCGAGAACCGCAUGCGUUUCUCGCUGGCCUGUCUGGCCCAGGCCAACAAGCACUUCCCAUAUAACCGCAUCGGAAUCAAGCUCUCCCCGUGCGGCGGCGUCAACGACAUGGGCGAGCUGGACGCGGACGGAAACCCCUCCGUGGAAGCGGCCAAGGCCACAUAUGUCCCGUUCUGUGCCAAGCUUGACACCCUCGGCCUCGCGUACGUUGAGUUCAUGCGUUAUUGGCCUGGGAUGGACUUCCCGGUCAACGGCAAGCCUCGUGGGGUGAACUGGGACUGUAUCGGCCACCUCCGCCCCGUUCUCAAGAACACCCCCGUGUUUGCCAGCGCGAACUUCACGCCAGAGGAAUCCGAAGAGUGGGUUCGAGAAAAGCGAGCGGACGCGAUUGUGAUUGGCCGACCACUGCUCUACAACCCCGACUACGCCGAGAAGGUCCAGGCAGGACGUACCGACGAGCUAUAUCAAGAGCAGCCUGGUGAUGAGUAUUGGUGGUAG